AAAAUGCUUGAGCAUCCCCUGGGCUCCUUCUCCGCGUCAGUCCUCAACAUGCACAGGUAGGACUGACUUCACAGGGGAAUUUCAUCUCUGUGGCUCCUUCUGCUCCUGAAAUCUCACGGCUGUGACUUGCUGCUGAGCCUGUCUCCCAUCACAGAGGGGACUGAAAGAUGGCCUUCCACAGUUCUGGUCGAACAAGGUAAUGUUUGUCUUUUUGUGUUAUUUCUAUUACAACAGAUACCAUUAUCAGCCAGGGUGUUCACUACAACCUAAUUUAAUCUUCAUAUAAAGGAAUUAAACAUCUCUAUUAUUCAGCUUCCUUUAUGGGCGUGUUGAAAUCUAUGGAUGAGCCAAGUCAAGAGAUGAUCAUAUGUCUCAAAUGUAGCUGAAUUUAUAGCUUGUAAACACCUUACAUGACAUUUCAACUAAGACAAAAAAAGUCUUAAUAGAUGUCUGCAUAGGUAAAGAAACAUCUACAGCCUCAUCACCUGUGGAGACUUUCCAAUCCAUCUCUUUUAAACCGGUUUUCCAAAACAGUUCUGCAACAAUCUAUCUUCAACAUGACUGGACUUCAUGCUCCAAAGUAAUCCAUUUUUAAGGUAAUUGAGAUAAAUGAGAUUAAACUCAUGCCAGGAGUCUUUGCUCAUUUCCAGCAUCUUCGGCACACCCAAGGGACAUCACAAUGGGUGGCAGUGCAGGGACAGUCCCAUCAAAUGUUGAUGAAUGUUAAAGAGUAAAGUAGAUGACUUGUCAUUGACUAAUGGUUGAUGCCCCUAAGGGUCAUUUGAUGGAAUACAAAGUGUGAGUUUUCCUCAUCCUCGUAGGGGUUUCCUUUUUAACUGUGUAAGUAUCAAAUUUCUAAAACCCAACACAAAACCUUUAAUCUUGCAGGAUGUAAAUUACGCACUUUCAUACUUACGGUAAAUGGGAUUUAGAUGCAUUUACGACAGCAUUAAAUCUCAAAGCCUACAUUAAGACAGCUGUCAGCUUUAUAAUCCAUCAGUCUUCACAUGGCUUUCAUGAUGUUAUUUGCAGAAAAGAAAAACUAACCCCUGAGGGACUCUGCUGUACAGAAAGUUGCAAAAGUAACAGCUGCUUCUGGGACAUUGAGCCUAAUGUGAGGGCAGAUGUUGCCGGGAAUUUCAUGCUUUUCAACUGUGUAAGAAGUGGCAAGCAAGUCAUGCAAUCAUGUACAGAGAACCUUCAAGUAAAGCAAAUAGAGGAGGAUAUACUUGAUUUGGUUCUACUAAUCUCAUUUUGCCUUUAUAGUUGCAUAUUUAUAGUCAGUUACUAGGUGAUAGACAAAGUCUUUGGCAGUUUGGUACAUGAGAAUAAUGACGCCAACAACAUGUGUCUUUUUGAUGUCUGGUUUCAAAGGGAGCUUUGAUUAAGAGUUAGAUCAGACUAAGUCAGACCUCAGAUGUCAACGUUUUGAUGCAAACAGUGGAGCUCUUUAAUACUGUAACAUGACUUUAAACUUUGGGUGAAUUAAAAAAAUACUGCAGUUCCCCAUAAAAAUUCAUACAUUUUCCAGUAUUAGUUAGCAUGUGUGUUCCCUGGUACUUUUUAAGGGAAGUUGAAACUCUUUGGAAAAUGCUGACUAAAUUUUUAGCAUGACAGCUGACCCAACUAUAGCAGCAGAUUCCACCAGUAUGAUGAGCUAGGACGACAAGGCAACAGUGGCAUGCUGAAAUUGGCUGAGGCAUGUAUGGACAAAACAGAAUUGAACUCUGACUCCCAGUACAUUAGGAAUAUUCUUCUAUCGUUAAAACAGCAACAGUCUUUGCAACGACACUGACUGACACAUAAACAGACAAAUCUGCAUUGCAAUUAUGGUGCAUAUAUUUCCAAGAAAUCCUGCUCAGGGUGGAGAACUGAAACUUUACUAUGUAUCAUUAAUGCGUUACAGGCACUAAUUUGAAUUAAUCCGACAAGCUGUGGUCAUUUUCACAGACGUACAGACAGUGAGGAUCAUGGGAAGGAUCAGGCCACAAUUCAAAUUCAUAAACAUAUUUGACAACUCAUUAGCUUACAUCUUUGACACUGCUAAGCUAAGCUAUCGAUUUAAAUUCAAUAAAUAACGAAAGAGCCAACAAAGUUUCUUUAAACUUCCCAUGACAGUCAUAGCUUCGGCUUUUUGUGAGUUCCUUGCAGAUUUUGUAUAAUAUCAGUACAUGCAGUAUAUGCUGCAUAAACAUCAUAGACUAUUUAUAGAGUGGACACCGUCUGCCUCCUCGCUGAGUGAAGCCACUUGUAGAACAGCACCCUCUGGUGACAGGCUGCAGUAUAGGUCAUAAAUCCUGCCUCCUUCAGCAAAGCUUGUGGGGCUGUGGACAAACUUUAGAAGUUUAUCGCACAGAAUAUAAAUUUUUCUCCCCCCUGCUUGCAAUGUUGACAUGUAGUUAUUGUAAGACUGGUUUGUGGUCAAGUCCUCUUUAUUUCUGUACAGCUCCAUUUUUAAAAGUUAUCAGGGCUUCAUGUUUUCUAUGAUUGACACUUGAUACAGCCUAUGGGCGUACGAAUGCUGUUUGAGACUCUCUGCGACUCGAGAGCUAUUCGGCUUCAAAUUCGUAUUAUGACAGAAGGCGGAACCAAGUUGUCCAUAGUACAUACAGUCAAUGAUAAACAUUAGCAAGUUCACAUGCUAAUGUUAACAACUGUCUAAUAACUUUGGGUUUGUAGGUUUAAUUUAAAGGGUUUAAUGAAGGUUCCAUCUUGUCACAUUUCAUCAGUGACAUCUUGUUGCACCAGUCUGGACUGUUGAUGGAUUUACAUGAGGAGCAGACAGCAAACCCCUCUGAGGAUUUGUAGAUGCUCCUUAAACAUGAAGGGCAUAAUGUUAGAGCCCGGUGCUUGUUCUUAAGAGACCUGGCUGCCUCGGCCAUUAGUCAUUUCUCUGACAGCACACUCACACACAAAGGCACACACACACUUCUAGACACACACAUAAGAAGAAGAGUUCAGACUGCAGAUGUGUUACGCCCUCAGAAACACCACCUCUCAUUUAUUUCUCAAUUGAAGAGCUGCAAUCUCUGCCUCUGGACAAGCCUCUUCACUGUUACUGUCAGUCAUGUUGUGAUGCUAGGAUUCAAGCAUACUAAUGCUAGUGAAAGUGAUGACCAAAGGUAGCACUGUUCUAACACUUGUUCUGCUAUGUAAGGUCACCUUGGAAAAGCUGCAAGGCUAUUACAGUAAUUUAUCACCCGAUUCUCCGGUAUUUAAUUGUGGACUUGUUCAUGGGGCAGCUGUGUGCCUCUAACAAGGGCCAAAGCAAUGAGGGUGCAAGAACUCUAUUGGAAUGCAAGGAAUUAUUAUUACACUUUCCACCGAUUAUUAUUACCCUUGCUCUUUUGGAGGCCUUAACAUGCCUGAAAACUCACCAUUUUUGUACACGCAGGCAUGUUUUUCAGAGGUUUCCCGGAAAACUCUGGAAAAAUUAUACUCUUUAGCGCCCAGCCCUUCCAGCUGUGGUUAUUUUCACCUGCAUGUAUGAUUUCACAUUUGCCACGCCAAACCCUGCAUCAAAGUCUUUUUUUUUUUUUUUUUUUUACCGUUUUCCAGGGUGUCUAUUGGAAAAAAAAACACACCUAAGGGGUUUUAUCUAAUCAACUCCAAAUUUGCACAGUGUAGUAUAGACAGAUGUAAGAUGAAAAGUUGCUCAAAGCUUUUGGCUUGCAGAAGUUUUCCCUGAAAGAUGAAACAGGAAGUAGUUUUUAUAUAUUUUUUAUUUCAGCCAUGCAUGCUCCAAUCUGAGCCAAAUGCACCACACGUAGUAAGGGUCCAGGUCUGAUCACAGUCACAUGGCAAUAUUUCUCAUUCCAGUCAUGGUGUCACCCAGUGGCAGCAGGAAAUGCAACACUUAGCUCUAUGAAUAGUAACCCCAGGAUCAUUCAAUAUAAUUUUCGCUCAGGAUAACCUUGAGAUAUUGAUUUUUAAAUGUGCCAAAAACUGUGAAUUUCUGUCCGAGGGCAUUGUCAGCACAGUGCAACCAAUAACUUCUAAAGUGCUCCAGCUCAGCCCAAAACUAACUAACAUAUCGGCACAGUAUCCCAUGUGCUUAUGAGGGGUCCCAGCCUGAACACGUGCAUCUUUGAUAAAUUUCCAAAAAACACAACAACUCAAAAUUAAUUCUUUCACAUAACUUCUGUCAAAUCCUAUCUUGAUUGUUGAAUUCCCCUCAACAUUCCCCAGGUGUAUCUCAUUCCUAAUAUCAAUUGAUCAGGCUAGGAUUCCAAAAAAAUGCAUUAAGUUUUGUGCAAAUAUGUUUAUAUUCAAACUGAAAACAAACAAACAAAAAAUUAUAUGGUUGUGAAUAUACAGUACAUGUAAAGUAUGUGAAUGUAGAUACCGAAAUGCUCAGUAAUUGAUAGAUGGCAUAAAGAUGUGGAGUUGCUGGUCUUUGUCUUAUUGUUUCAUCAUUAAAACUCAAAAAAGUAGUUCAUCUUUGAAGGGUGUCAUGACUUUCGUACUUGGAAAUGAUCAUGUCAUGAGAUAUGCUGUCAACCUUUUAUUCCUCACUGAAAUGCAAAGCAAACACAUUUCAAAGAAGCUGGUGUGAAUUAUCUUUUCUAUUUCUGUGAUUGGAUGAGCUCAGAGGACACCAGUUAAGUGCCCAGUCAUGGUGUCACCCAGUGGCAGCAGUUAAGUAAUCCCUGUGGUGUGUUUAUUGACUGAGGCUCAAGAAACUGUCAUAGAGAAUUAGAUAUACAACCAUCUUCUGACUUUCUCAAUCAUUCCUCCGCAGAAAACAACCUUGGUGUCUAUUGAUGUCGGCGUACUCUCCAGUCCAUUUGGCCUUGCUGGGCCUCCUCCUCGCUCCAGUACUUGGGCGUAAGUCACCCACAGACAAUGCACACCCAAUGACUCAUCACAGAAUCAGUGUACAGUUGAACAUUGUUGCGUCCGUUACUGUGAAAGUGCUUUUCUUGUCAACACAUUCAGAGAGGACUGAGAAUUGUGUCACCGCUGUAUGCUGAUCAUUGCUAGGUCACUCAAAAAAGCAGAGGGCAAAAAUAGCAAUCACACUGUGCUGGUCUGUGUUGUGGGAUUAAAUCAGAUUAAAUGCCCACUCUGAUCAUCACAACAAGCCCUUUCUCUGCUGUUGUUUGAGGACACAAUAAAGCUAACAUGCAAGUGCAGGGGAAGCCAGGUGAAUUAGGCCUCAUUGUCAGGACGCACACAUGCAACUGCAUGUGACAUCUUAAUUGUGGUUAAUCUCAUUGCACUAAUGAGUGGCUUUCUGAGCGUAACGUCGUGGCAGGCAGUAACUUUAACAACUUGAGGCCCAAAUGCACAGUCAGAUAAGUGUUUAGUGGUUGUAAAUAUGGGAUUAUAAAUACCGUCUCACCACUUUAUCUCAUUUCUCAGCAGUUAUGUGGGGCUUUAGAACAGCUUCCAGAUGUGUUUUGUUCACGCUGCUCACUUUAAAUGAGCUGACUCAGGUUAUUGACUGGGAAGGCCCCCCGGCUGUCACGAUCCUUUUUCAUGUAGUUCUUUGAGGUGAGGUUUACCUCCUUUGAAACUGCAAAGGGGCACUUACAGGUAGCGCCUCUUUCUGGCCAAGGCCAAGGUUUAGAAAUUAGUGGGGUAACUUUAAAUUUAACCAAAACCACCAAAAACUCUGUUACAAAUAAAUAAAUUUGACUAUUUUGAAACUUUUGGUUUGUAUUACUGCCUGUUUAUCAUUCCCCCAUUAGAUUUUUCAUUCAGACGGAGAUGUUGAAAAUCAAAAAUCAAGUGAUUUGUGAUUUCUCUUUUCCUAAUCCUAAAUAUUGAAUUAUCAUUUCCUGUUUAGUUUAUCAGUACAAACAAUCAGAAUAAGACAGUGAUGAAAACUAACCCUUUUUUUUUUUACUGCAUAUGGUCACAGACAAAGGGCACUUCCUGUUAAAGAAGUCCUUCAGGCACUCUUGCUGGGCAGACCUCGGUAGCAUAUCAGCCGAUGCUGAAAGUCUGGAUUAACAGUUAUUUGUUCCUCCUGUCAAUACUGGUUUAGUAACAUAAACGUGACAGUGAACUGCUUCCUCCUCAGCAAGUGGUAAUGCCAACCAGAGAUGGGCACAAGUCACAAUUUACAAAUCCAAUUCAAGCUUCCAGUCACUGAGGGGCAAGUCAAGACACAUCUGUCAUAGGGUCGACAAAUAACAACAACAUAAAAAGUUAUAUUUGUAGAAUGGAGAGGUUAAUUGAUUUGUAAAUUUAAUACAUAAUUUAUUUCAAGUUGAUAUUUUGUCAUUGCUAAUUAUAUCAUUAAAUAUGAAUAUAAGUGAGCUAAAAAGUAAUACAACACAGACUCAACAUCUGAGUUAAAUGUAAUCGUUCAAUUUACAAUCAAAAUGUGCUACAAUGAAUUGCAAAUAAAGUCACACACAGUGCUUCCAGCCUCUGUCUGUGGAUAAACAAAAAAAAAAAAAAACGUGCAAACGUAAAACAAUAGAUUUAAAAAAGGAUCAUUAUAGAUGAAAGCUGAUGUCACAUUAUAGGGGGGUUUAUAAAAGGUAUCAAUCCUGAUCAUCAAGUUAGAUUAAAAAGAAAGUGUCUGAGAAAAUCCAUUUAAAUUUAACCUGACGACACAUGACCAGAGCCACCGCCACGCAACAUUAGCUGCCAUAUUUAUCAACAUUAUGUUUCCAUUUAUGAUGACAUAUUAGGAUCACGAGGACUGUCUUUACUGUUUGGACUAAAAAUAUCAAAUAAUACUUGAGAAGUCCUUGUGUGAAUAUGUGGACAACUGCAGUAAUGAGGAAGCCUUACAUUAAAAAUGCAUACAGUAUAUUGUGAUGUUAAUUCACUUUGACAUUAAUGACCUUGUUUUUUCCUUGAAUACAUCUCCCUAAGAAUACUAAUUGAAUAAAUUGGAUGGUAAUUCAUUAUAUUUAGCAAAUUCAGCAAAAAGGCCUAACAAGAUUAAUGCUUUUCUUCUAUCCUAUCAGAACUAGACCUCAACCGACUGGAUGGUGACACAGUCUGCCCUCCAAUACGAAGUGGACAGGAUGACCUUCCAGGUAAUGACCAAACGUUAAGUUAAAUUUGAACAGCAGCAGUUGAGGCUGUUGUCUCAAAUCACAAGCUUAACCACAAAGCCACCUAAAACAGUAAAUAGACUAUUCGUAGAAGAGAGGUAAGUUUACAGUUGUUCAGGGUGGGCCGCCUAAUGCUUUAGAUUUCAAUGAGGCAAAUAAAAUGUUCCACUUGAGCUUCACAGAACUUUACACGGAACAGCUCAGACUCAGCAAGAAUGUAAUUGCUCACCACCAUCCUGUUAGAGAAAGUCUGAACAUCUGUGGCUAUUCUGCUCUUGAAGAAAGUAAAACAUCAAUUAACAGAAAAAAAAAGAUCUUAAUUUUUUUAACAGAGCUGUUGUUCCUAAUUUUUUUUAAUUCCGUUAACUUGACUUUACCUCUGCUACCACCAGUUGCUUUAGGAAAUAUCUUAUUAAAGGAUGAAUAUUUUGCAAAGAAAUUAAAAGCACAAACUCAAGACCAACCAAAGAAGAGUGAAAACGCUUUGCUGAGCCACUAAACUUUCUUUUCAGUUUUCAAUUUUUUCCUAUAAGUUGGCUUCACACCCCUCUACUCAUUAUUCUCUGUCUAUAAGAGGCACACAGUGGGUUAGAGUCUCCUAUUGAAGUUCCUGGUGGUGGAAAUAGCUACAGCACUCCAACUGAUUUGCAGGGUCCUUUUUUCUAAAGAAAGUUUAAGACCCAGCUUUUUUACUGUCAGAGAGAGAAGCAGGUUCUGUUUCUGAAAAAGAACCCAAACUUAACCCAAACUUAGUGACCAGAUUUUUCAAAUGUGCUUUAAAUGAAAGCUCUCAAUUAAGGAUGAAACUUGAAUGUUUUCAUUAUGUAAAACCUGCUGUAUAGAUUUUCCUUUAGAUAUUGUAAUAUUUGUAAAAUGUAUUAUGUUCUGUGGUAACACCUUUAUUUGAGAGAAAACCAUAAGCCUGGUUUUAUCUGUAUUUAAAACCAAGUUCAGAUCAUAUAAGCAGGACUGGACAAUGUUAAAAGCAGCUUGUAAAAAUGCCUGAGUGAGUCAGGCUUAACAGUGAUAAAUAAUGGUGUCGUCUGCGUACAAAUGAUACACUGCAUUUGACAAAUUGUUAUAAUGAUUGUAGAUUGAAAAUAGAAAGGGUCCCAGCACUGAACCUUGGGGGACCCCUAAUGUCCAAAAAAGAAGAAGUAGUUUCAGCUCCCAGAAAAAUAAUCUGUAUUAAUUCUUAAUCCAGCCUUAAUUGAUCCCAUGUAGGAACCAAAUAGAGCUUGAACUGGGAUCCUGAAUAUGUUUUGUCAAAUUGGGCCCAGUACACAUCAAAUGUAAAAAUGCAUAAAACCCUAAAAGACAAUCAGAAAAUAUCAACCUCUGAACAACCCAUUCUGGGCCAUUUACAGCCCCUUUCUACCCACACAGAGCCUGCAUAGGUAUAUUAGAUGGAGAUAUCAGAAUGUGGGGAUGUUUGCAUAUCUCUUACAUAACAUGACUACAAAAAGCUCCACACUAUGCAUUUUUAAUUAUCCCCCCCAUUGUUUCAUUAUGAUUGUCAGAAAAUAAAUAAAUAAAUAAAAAUUCUGAACAACAUAGAAAAUUCGAACAUCCAGUAACAUCCAGCCAAUAUCUAAAGCAUCAAAGGAUCACUGCAAUAUUGAAACGCUGGCUGCACAAGAACAAAGUGUCCCUCCUUUCAUCACAGUAGCUGGAAUUAUAAUAAGAUGACACACUUUAUGGGUCUCUCCAGCUACACUACCGUCAUUAGUGCAACAGCUUUAAUUAAUUAUUAACCUACAUACAUUGUAACAGAAGCUCAUUCUUACAUUAUCUCUUGUAGGAUUUGAUCUGAUCACACAGUUCCAGUUGGAUGUGAUCCCCCUGAAAGGAGUGAGGAAGGUGGAUGGCUCCACUACACUACAGGUGGCCUACCGCCUGGACAGGGAGGCGAACUUCCAGAUUCCAACCAUGUAAGUACAGUCAACAGGGGGUUUAAAGAAAACAGAUAAAAAUACAGCCAAGUAUAUGUCGGCCACAGCAGUGGUCUCCUCAUGCAGGUGUUGCAUUAUUACAGGUCCUGCACAGAUGUUACAGCAUGGCAAGCGGUAUAUAAUUGUUCAAGCAAAACAUGUCUGAACCCAUUUUGCAUCUCUCAGACACAAAGACAGAGUAGAAAGUAGAGUGGCCUGGUGUAAAACUCACUUUGAAGUUAGUAAAAAAAAAUCCCCUGGACUACGCUUAAAGCUCCUCGUAUGUACAGGAAAUGUACAUAAAAGAGAUAUGUUCUCUGUAAUGAUAUGUCUCCCAUUGUAUGCACUCCUUUAAAGGUGGAAAUGAAAUAUAUGGCUCCAUCUCUCUGUCAUGAGUCUCCCUGGUGUGUAGUUAAAGAUUAGUUAUAGCAGCAAGGCCAGACAAAUGCACUUUUUGACUGUGGGCCAGAAGUAAGCCGUGGAGGGAAAGGGGCUCACAGCUUAAAUGAGCAAUAUCAAAGGGAUACAGUAUUUAAGAGGGGAAACAAAACAUCUCAGGGCAUCACUUUCCUAAAAUUUGAUUCUUACUUUAGCUCAAAUCUUUCAAGGGACGGUCAAAAUUAAAGCAGCAGAAGUUAAGUAGUGAUGGGCAGUUCUUUUAAACGUACUGAAUCACUAGAAUCAGUUCACUAAAAAGAUUCAUUCAAAAGAUUCGUUCACCAAAUCACAGGAUCAUUCAGUGCUUGGCGAGAAGAGCCUGUGACUCCAACCUCCUUAACUGAUACACAGCUGAACGGUUCGGGAUUCAGUUCGAUUCAUAGCUUCUGGGACCGGGAGAUGAGAGUUUUGUGGCUGUGUUGCUUUGGCAAACAGGUUUGUAAAAGUGAACUUGUCUAGAAAUCAUGAUCAUGUUUAAAGUGUACUGUCCUAUGGUAUGCUAUUUAUCAGCUCUGCUUGGUAAAUUGGGCUCAGUGAGUAAUUCGUCCAUUGAACGUUUAGAAGAAUUCAUGCUAAACAUGGACCUUUCCCUUGCAAACCGCUGCAAUGAUAGGAUGCUGCAGGUUUUAUGCACUACUUGUUACAUGCUGUGUCCUAUUGUAUGCAAGUUGUUCUGGUGACAAUUUAAAAAAACCAAACUAAAAAGGUUAGUUUUGUGAGACAAAAAUGAUUCCAGAGAGUGUAGCUCAAUGCGUAAUUCGUUUACCAAGUGAUUCAGGCGUCAGUGCAUGCAGUCCCCCAUUUGCCAGCUGCUCGCCUGGCAAUGUUGCGUGCUAUGGCAGCUUCGGUCCUGACAGCUCAACUGAAGUGAGAAAUGAACAAAUCUCUUGAGGAAGUGAUUUGGUUCAGUAUGUUCACUGAAAAGAUUUGGUUCAUUUGAACAAAUCGUUCACGAACGACACAACACAAAUGUUAAGACUCGGCAUCUCUUUAUGCAAACCACUGAUUUUUAUAAUUACCAACAUGAAACUAACUGCACCUUCUCUAUGACAUGUAAAUGCCCACUUUGUAGAAUAAUAAACCUCCAGUUUAUAAUGCAGGCCUUCAAGUAUAUGCAAUUAAAAUCCAAAUUCAAGUGGCCUUGAUGAUCAUCAGGGUUGUUUGGUCCCUCAGAGCUCUACAGAAUCCAUUACACAUCUGUUUUCAAGGGUUGAGUGGUAUUCCUAAUGACAUUUAAAAGGUGUGACUGCCACUCUUGUCUGGUCUCAUGGGGAAAAAGAGCAUAAAAUAGCUGAGCUGUCCAAACGUGUUUCUGCUGCUGCUGUAUAUGUACAGGAAGAUAAAGUGUGGAGACGCAGCAGGGUAAAACACUCCAUUCACAUUUUUAUACGAAAACACAAUCAGAGCUAUUACUUAUGCUGUUUGAGUGCUCCCAGCUCUUUAAGUGAUUAAAUUACCUCUAACCAAAAGACAAAGAGUGAACCCUUGGGCCCUUUGAGGUUUGUGUUUCUGGUGCAGCUUGUAGUGCAUUACAGUGCAGCCUUAUUUAGCAUCUUAAAUAUCAGAAAACAGUCAUUCGCUAUUCAAGACAUUAUAUUAAAAAAUAAGGGAUUUUCAGUGCAGAGUGUACAGGUUUAUGGCUUUAGCUCCUUAUAUAACCAAAAGACGCCUCCUGGUGUUUCCCAGUGUGUCAGCUCCAUGCUUUUUUGGCUCAUCCCGUUGCCUCAAGCCAGCUUUUCUUCAGAGCCUCUUAUAUAACCCACUGGUACCCUGAAUCUGUGCCACUCAGGCCCAUCACAGAGAAGUAAAUACAUGUUUAUUUCCUCAUCAAAUCCAGUGGCACAGACGUUGCUUUGAAGUUUCAACCUGCCAGCAGGCUUCACACUGCCCCCUGUUCCUGUUCCUUUUCUCUUCAGGUCAAAAGCAGCACAUACUUUACAUCUCCACACCUCAGGCUAGGCUGCAGCGUGGUGUUCAUUUGUUUUAUUGGCGAACAGGAAACUCUUUUUAUUACGGCACCUUGAUUGUUUACAAGAUGGUAAAAGUCCAGCGGUAGCGCCCAUCUAUGAACGCACCACCUGCUGAGAGUGUUGCUCGUUAAAAACAGCAUAGACAGUGGGUGUUAACCAGGGCGGCUGCUGCUGGUCAUUGAAGCAGUGAUUUAUGCAUUGAGGCUGCCUCUAUGAAAGACCCACAACUACUUUGAAAGGGCAUGCCUUGAAAUCUGCCCUUUUUUAAAUAUGCACAACCCAAAAUAACAAAAGUUAUGACGUUAGGACUCCACCAGAGACAUGUCUUGUCCUAUAUCAACAGCUCCUGACACUGUGCUCUACAGUUCUGUCCGCCUCAUCAUAAAUACCUCGCAUGCAUAUAUUGCAAUAUGGGGGAUAUUGGGAUAUGUCAUAGCUGAUUGAUUUCCACAGAGAAAGGGAAAGAAAGAAAGAAAGAAAGAAAAACCUAAUCUAAGAGCACUGAGAGCAUCACCGCCAAAGGUGAGCUUCCUGCCGGCAAGGUCCUGGACCAUAAUCCCUGCAAGCGGAUGGCCAUGCUCACACUACAACAGGGCACCGACAGGAGGUUUUGUCUAGCAAUGUGAGUGCCAAUACUCACCUGAUCCACACAAAUGAUGACACAUCCUCCAACCUCUUCCGAGGCCCCCAGCUGUCCACCACACUCCGGAGAUCGGGUGUACUGGCUCUGGUGGCUGACAUGGGUCCUGUCCUUCAGCCUCUCCUGAGGCCCCAGCUCUCCGAAGCCGGGCCGAAGAUUGGGUGGACUGACUCUGAUGGCUGACAUGGGUCCUAUACAGUAUAUAACCUCUGCUGCAAUGCGUUAUGACAUCACGCCAGCCACCAGAGCCAGUCCACCCAAUUGCCGGAAUGCGGUGAACAACCAGGGCCCUGGAAAAGGCCUGACCCAUGCCAGCCACCAGAGUCAGUCCACCCGAUCCCUGGAGUAUGGUGGACAGCCGGGCCCUUGGAAGAGGUUGGAGGAUGUGUCCUUGGUUGUGUGGAUCAGGUGAGCAUUGGCACUCACAUUGUUUGACACAACUUCAUGUCAGUUGUAGUGUGAGCAUGGCCAUCCGCUGGCAGGGGUUAUGGUCUGGGACCUUGCCGGCAGGAAGCACGAGGUAAAUAUACAUUAUGUUUUACAGUAUUAACAUAAACUAAAUAUUAGAUAACAGUGUGUGGAGGAACAUGUCCGAUAUUUUUCUUCAACACCUUACUAAUUUAACCUUCUGUGUUCAACUUACUUUUCAGGCUAAACUUUCCUCGUGGCUUCCCAGAUGAGUACUCUUUCAUGGUGACCUUCCGUAUGAUCAAGAACACAGUGAACAAGGUGUGGAACGUCUGGCAGAUAGUCGACGAAGAUGGCAAUAAACAAGCAGGAUUGAGGUUGAAUGGUGACCAGCAAGCACUGGAGUACUUCCUGAUGGGCGCUGAUGGCAACCUGCAAACCGUCACCUUCCCCGGCCUGUCUGUGCUCUUUAACACCAAGUGGCACAAAGUGAUGAUUGGAGUGGAACGGGACCAGGUCACUCUAUACGUGGACUGCCAGCCUGUGGAUAAGAAACCCAUCAAGGGCAAAGGGCCCGUCAACACAGAGGGAGACACUCUUAUUGGCAGGUUGGAUACCGACCCCGACGCCUCUGUGGUGGUAAGCAAGAAUGGAGAUUUGCCUGCUGCAUUUAAUCAUACACGCUGACUAUCCUUACAUGCUCCUACAGUGGAAUGGUGCUCUCUGCAUACAAACAUAUUCAGGUUUAUAUGUGUGCUGAGCUUGGCUAUAAUUCUAAAGUGCUGCUGUCACAGCAAAGCUGCUCAGCUGGGUUCCAGUGGAAAAAAAAGAAAAGCUUAAUCCCUGCAGAAAAUAACAUUGGCGGAAAAUCAGGCUCAACAUCGCAUGUAGGGCAUGGAUUUGAACCACAAAGAAAUAACUGCAAUAUGACCAAGGGGUUCAAGUUUCAAUGUCUCAUCUUUAGAGUAUGCGGAGGAUUGUAUAUAUAUAUAAUAACACAUAAACAUCUCUUUUUUUCCAGUUUGAACUCCAAUGGAUGUUGAUUCACUGUGACCCAAAGAGAGCCCAGAGAGAAAGCUGCAAUGAGCUGCCUGCCACUGAGGUACAGUAACAAGGAUCUGCUCAGCAUCUGCUGUGGUUUGUGGUUUUUUACAGGUUGAUAGGGCUCUCAGCUUGUUUGGAAGCAAACAAGGCAGAAAUGCUGAGAUAAAGUAACAAACACUUUGCCUAGCAGUUUCCUACAUGAGGGCAGAGGUUCAUCCAAAACAAUUUGCAAUCUAGAGGUUUUAUUUUGUUGUCUACAGCAGCUUGGACUUAUUGUUCUACAAACAUUUCUUUGAGGCAGAGGUGUCAAAAGCAACAAGGCAUGACCUCAGUAUCUGUGUUGAACCAUAAUGCAUGGAGCCAAAAACACAAACACUUUCUUGCAAGCUUUAAAACAAAGAGGAGGUCUAAACAAAUUAUAUGCGAAAGCAGAAACCCGUUCUGUGACAUGAAAACAACUACAACAGAGCACCAGUAGACUAAAACAUGAAUUUGAGUGGAUAACUCGAUACAGACAUUUCUAUGUUGUUUAAGUAUAAAAGACAAUGAUUGAUGAUAUCAGAAAUGCAAUACAACACCUGCUGACCGCUGCCAUGUCAAGAGCACCUAGCUUAAGAAGCACUUUUUUUUAUAUGAGUGGAAAGUGUGUGGCAAGUGAAACAUGAAUUUGUAAGACCUUACAAACUCCUGGUGUGGAAACAAAGACAAGGCAGAAAUGCUAAAUUAAUUUCCUCAACAGUAUAACUAAGGUUAGCAGCAAAAGUCAGGGAAGCCCCAUCAGACCCUCAAUGCCAUAGUAGGACGUUUGUUUACAGAACAAGAUUGAACAUGUUUACAGCCUGGUUUUUGUGACAACUUCACAUGGGUUCAUUAGUUUUCCUCACUCAUGACUUACUGACAGUUAAGAGCAUUAUAGCCGAUAGGUGGCAAGGCAAUGCAGUGUGUGACUUGUGAAAACACAGAGGACUUGAAUGGAUUUUUGUCAGCUUGAGAGCAACAUUGGAACAGUCUCUAAAACAGUCAUGAAGAACUAACAGGUCCAUUAGUCUUACUAGUUCAUUUAUCUGCUUCGCAAUAAUCAUCACAUACAGGAAGUAAUGUUAGAUGCUAGACUAAUUUAUAUUUGCCAGUUAGACUUUGAAUGACAGGGAAUUGUUGCAGAAAGUGUAGGCGGUGUGCAGUCAGAUAUCUGUACCAUUUUUGUUUUCUUUAAAGUCACAUUUGACACAGAGAUUUUGUGAGAUUUCCUGAUUUAAGAGUUCGGACUUUGGUUGAUGGUUUAUCCCUGUGGUGUUCUGGUUUGAUCACUGUUAAACGUGUCAUUAUUUGUAGUCAUGUGCGGAUCUAUCUCAUUUUUAUGAUCUAUUAUGGUUUUAAAUCUUCUACACAACAAUUCUAGUCAGAAAUUAUGGUCAGUCGUAGUCAGCAAUUCUAAUAUAGCAUAUUGUAUAACAACUUUCCACAGAGACCAAUAGCUUGAGUGAGACAACAUCCAAAAUCUUCCAAAUUCGUCCUAUUCAGCUUAUUGUAGUAUAAAUAUUUCUGUACUCUUUCUUUGUACCAAAACUCAGGUUCUUCAAUUAUGCACUCAGUCAUUUUGAAUUUAAUUCAACUAUGACAAUUUUUAUUUUGAACAUUCAAAACAUUAUUUCACAUGUUUUACAUUAUUUUCCAUAUAAAAAAAAAUAACUUGCCUUUUUUAUUUAAAAAUGUUGCUUAUUUAUUGUUUUUAUUAAAAUUUAUUUCUGCAUUAAAACAAGAUAAGGUCAUCAAAAAGUAUUUCUUUGAAAUUAGUCCUGAAAAGGGUAAGGGGCUGUCUUGAAAUCAAGGUAAUCAAUGCCGUAUCAAUUUAGGUGUUUUUGCUAAUUGCCAGCAUUAAAAAAUGUAGCGCUAAGCUGAUCAGCAAUUAAAAUCAAUGGAUAAAUAUUGCAUGUUCUCAUAAUAUUGAUUGUUUUCAUUAAAGGUAAGUAUUGGUUGGAUUUGUUUAAGGAAAAAAUGUCUUUUUAUUUUAAAUUUAUGAAUUCGAAAGAAUCUGACCUCUGACUUUUAUAUGAAGGACAUCAAGAAUGAUGGGUGCUGAUGGCAACCUGCAAAAUAACUGCACACUAUUUGGCUUUGAAUGUGCAACACUGAAGGUUUUCCCCUUAUUUCACACUACCAAAGAAAAAUUUGUCUGUUUUAGGAAAUGUUGUUGUAACAACCCUGUUUAAGCACCAAAAACAGUGAUUUCAAAACCAGCCUUUUCUUCAUAUUAAGGAACAGUUAAAGUAAUAACUGUGUUUAGACUUUCCAAUAUGUUAUAUUUCAACGACUUGACUGGGAGGUUAUCAUUUCCUUGAAAAAUAAUUGGUAUUUGUGAAGUCCUCAGAGGGGUCAGAUUUAUGUCUGUCUCUUAAACCCUAGAAAAAUGUCUUCCUGGAUAUAUUAAAAAAAAACACCAACACACUUAGACAGACUGUAAUGAGAUUUCUGCCUCUGAGAAAUUUUGUAGCCGGUAAUGAAAAUGCCACUCUGCUGUUCACAAUCUCAUUCUGGCCUGGUGCGUUCUAUUAGAUUUCAGGCUAACAUUUCUGCAUCCAGCUGUGAAGUGGGUCUGUUGUAGAGGAGUGUAGGUACUAUUGGCUGUGUAUUCAAAUGAAAGCAUGAAAUACUCACUACUAUGAUUUAGAACUGGUAUGCUUCUGCUGACACUUUUGGUGGGGGUGGUGUGACUAGUUUCACUAACUCCUUUUUUCUGAUUUUUCUUGCUUCUUCAGAUGUAUGCCAAUGCUGAGGUAUUUAUUUUUCUUCACUACUUCCCCUUUGCUUUGUAUUUUUAAGCCAAUAAUCUACUCAGUGCUUCAGUUGCCUGAUGACCUUAUUGCUUUGACCUAAAUCUUAUUCAUGGUGAUGGUUUAGAAGUUUUUUUUUCUAUGUUAGGGUCAAGUUUUAUUCAAGUUCAUAUGACCUAAAGGUCCACGAAUGAGUCAAAUUUAUUGCUCAGUGAAAUUAAUUUUAUAAUGUAUAGUAUGGUAUACUUUGCAUUAUUAAAGGUGUAAUAAAUGCAUUGAUUUGAUUUAAAUGAUUGACAAUUAAGAGUUUUUUGCUGAUAUUUACUGAUUGAAAGUGUCCACUCUCAGCCAGACAAAUCAGUUCAAGGCCCCCCAGGACCCACUGGCCCAGAGGGCCCCAGAGGGCCUGCAGGUGAAAAUGGCAGGGACGGAAGAGAUGUAAGCAUUUCAGUCUUUCUUCAAACCCAUAAAGUUUUUCUUACUGUCUUCUCUUCACACAGAAACUAUUUUUUUGUGUCAUUUUCUCUCUAUUUUCUUACACUCUCUUGUUUUGUUUGUCUCUCUAGGGUCUUCCAGGCUCUCCUGGCAGCCCAGGCACUCCUGUAAGUAAAACAAAUAUACUGAUGGAGAAUUCUCUGCUAUCACUCUAUCCUCUCUUUUGUUAUUAUUCUAUUAUUCCUCAUGUUACUUAAGGGAGAUUAUACCACAAGUCUUCACAGAUAUACAAAAUGCAUUUCUCCAAUUCAAGAUCACCGGGCACUACAUUUUUGGGUUUUCUGACCUAGGAAACACGAAAGUGGUCCAUCCCUUAUCCGUAAAAUGGGGACUGAUGCUGCCUCUCUGUAUCUUAGCAACCUCCUUGAAGAGGUUCAGGAAAGAGAUAAAGCUGUUGUAGUCCUGUUGUGUCUGUUUCCUAGGGCAGCAAAGGGGAGCAGGGAGAGAUUGGUCUUCCUGGACAGAGAGGCCUGCCUGGUCUUCCAGGAUCUUCUGUAGGAAACUUUACCUCAUCCAUUAUCACAUACUUUCUAUAUUAUUUGCUCUUUCUGUCUGUUUGAUUGUGCUUCUCUUAUUUGCAGGGUUUGCCUGGUCCAAUGGGUCCAAGAGGCCCUGUAGGAGAGAGAGUAAGUAGAUCCUUUUGAGAUCCUUUAUGUCCAAGAUUCUUAGCAAAGACUGUGUAACUGAUUUGGUUCCCUCUGGUGGCAGGGACUUCCUGGUUUUCCUGGACCUCCAGGUUCCCCUGUAAGUGUAAAAUAAAACCUGUUAAAAGACACAUUGCAUGAAAAUUGAACCAAGUGUGAGAGUAAAACUAAAUAUGCUUUGGUCAAUUUGUCAAUUCACAGGGCCCAGCAAGUGAAGGACCUGCUGUAUGUAUUUGACAUGUUCUACAGUAUUUUGCAUGAUCUUUUAAAGAGUAUUGUUGGAAAUCUUAAACAUUGCUUAACAGUGAAUAUUAAGCUGUUCUAACUUUUGUUGGUUUUUGACAGGGACCACCAGGGAAGCCAGGAAUCCCAGGAGAUGAAGGAAACAUUGGGCCUGAGGUAAGACUUCACAACGAGACAUAAGUGUAAUCCUACAAAGCAAAGAAAGCAUCUCCUUCAAUUAGAUGCAUUUGCUUUAGUCUUGCCAUUUUAUAGUACUUUAUACUUUGCUUUACCAAAUUACACAAUGAAAUGUUUCCCCACUUGCAUUUCACACCAACUCUAACUGGCCAGUGGUUUGUACGCCAGCCAUGACAAAAAAUACAACAGAACAAAACAAAAAGCUGUGGUAUCACAUAUAUGAAAAGGAGACAAAUGUAAAGUUGUAGACGUUUCAUUUUUAGACGGACAACCCCUCAGCCUCUUGCUGAUGUGUUUUGAUUGUUUUUGUACAUGACAUUGGUCAACUGGCAAAAGGCCUUUAGUAACGAGCUGAAAAGGAGACAUAUCGCCUACCAAAGCAGAGGCAGACAAGCUUUGGUCAACAGAUUGGUUCUCAACCAGUGCUCGUAGAUUGGGACAAGAUCAGUAGUCCAAGUAAAUUGCCUAAUUAAGCUAUAAGAUGUUCCUGUUUAAAAAUGGCCCAAUCUCUCUCCUAUGACACCUUUGUAUGUAGGACUUCUUUACAAUCUACAGUAGUAGCGAGAACACAGCGUGUAAAAUUAUCAAGGUCAAUACAACUUACAACCUCGUACACAGUAAAAAAUGCAUAAAAACAGAAUCUGUGUGUCUCACCCUAAAGGAGAUGUCACAAGAAGAUGUCUGCAUGGGGGAUAUGGUUUAUUUAUGGGUUUUGAAGUUUCAUGCUUUGAGAUUUUGCCUAGUCAGGCCCUAUAGUUCAACACUCUUGAAGAGGAACUCCAAGUAGGACACCAAAAGUUGGGAGUGAGUCACUGCUUCAAGUGGAAUAGUUCAAGUGUCUUGUGUCUAAUUCACAAGUGGUGACUGGUAGAGUGUUUGCAGGUGUUAUAUUGAAUUGUUGAAGUUGCAAAACUUGUGAUCUACACAGCUGUCUAUUUACAAAAUUAUGGUUUUAAGUUUUCUAUAAUGACAAAAGAAUAAGAUCUCGAAUGCGAACAUCAAAACUUAGUUUUCACUGCAUGAUGGUAAGGCCCUGCUCAAUGAUACGUCAAGAGUUUAGGCAUCAAGCUUCUACACAAGGGAAGGAACAGAUGACAUUUUUUGGUGCACAUCCAAUUGGUUUUGUGGAUGUACCAUGACCCAUUGUAUGAAAAGUGGAAGACAAAUGGUUUGAUAAACUAAAAACAAACAUGACAGGGGCUUUAGAGGGCCUUGACCUUUGUCUUUGGAAUCUACAAAACCAAGGUCUAAGUGUGUGACAACUGAGCCUUGACCAGUGGUAAUACUGGUACAAAAAUAUAUUUCUAUAAAUAUACUCUGGGGACAUUUUAGCUGUAGCUGAUAGUUUAAAAUUAGGACCUGUAAGGUAAAUUCCACAUUACUGAUGUUGCCUAUUUUUAAUGGGAUAUUUCAGAUUGCAGAGAUGCUAUAUUUACUGACAGAUGAAAACCAAAUUCUUCCUCUCACCCAAAAGUAGAGACAUAUAGUAGCAAGUUGAUAUUGCUGCAAUAGGAUUUUCUCACUCAGAAGAAGUGAUCAUUGUGUAAAUAUCUGGCACACAUCUUUCUGCUUUAAAAAAGGGUUUGGUAUGUUACUGUAUGACAUUUGUGUUUUUGCAGGGUCCACCUGGACCCAGAGGGACUCCUGGUACUGCAGGCGUUCCUGGCCCUCCUGGCCCACCAGGUCCUGUGGUAAGAGAGAAAACCAGGUUAUGUUUAAAAAAAAAAAAAAAAAAAAACUCAUUUUCACAUUUCAUGCAACACAAACAAAAUACUGUUUUAAUGUAAUUUUAUCGUCUUUUAUUGUUCUAACAAUGCCUUUUAUCCACAUUUGGGAGCCUGCAUGCAGAUACUAAUAUUCUAAAUAACAAUUGUUGAUUUCAUAUAUAAUCUGGUAUUCAUUUGUUUUAUUAACAAUUCUCCAUGUCAAGAAUAAAAUCAUACUGUUAUCAAACAUUUAAUAUUGAAAAAAAAAACCUCUGAGGCAGCACUUACACUUCAUGAUGCUGCCCCAUCCAUCCGCUUGUAGUGUUUCAUAAGAGGCUACUGACAUCCAUUACCAAGUUCUGAGUUUGCACUACUUCCUCUUUUUAAAUAACAGCUAAGUAUCAGCUAUAAACUGUAUCGAGGAUAUCUCUUAGGUGCAACCUCUAAAGGACUCAUACUAAUUAUUCAUGUCUACUUAUUCACUUUUACAAACCGUUCGUCAUGAAUCAUGAGUGUGUGAUGGUAUUGCAUGCUGCUGUCUUUUCCCGUCAUCUCUAUGGUAAUUUCUGCUGUGGUGGGUUUAUGUGGACAUCUAAACCCCUGUGGCUGUUUUAGAUGUCACUCUGCUAUAUUUUAGGGACCACCUGGUGCCAGCAAUGAAGGGAGUGGGGAACCUGUGAGUGUUUUUCUGUCUUAUACUGUGCCAAAUCUUUCCUGGCUGGGUGGCAGUUGGAGUGGUGACAGUGCAUGUUUGAUCAAACUGAGUCACUAAAAUUAUGAAGCUUUGCAAAAGCAGCCAUGUUUUGAGAACAUGAUUUUGUUCAUUUCUCCUUGUCUGAAUCUGUGUACUCACAGUGUCCUGCAUCCUGUCCUGCUGGACCCCGGGGAUUGGCUGGGCUACCGGGGAUGAAGGUGAGGAAUUUCAACAAAAUUUAAUUUUAGAUUAAGUCGGAUGAAAGUGAGAAUUAGGCCAUAUGUUAGCCUUUUCACUGUAGCUUUCACAUACACUCACAGAAAUACUUAGGCCUCAUUGUGUACAAAAUUUUGUUCUAAAGUUUAACAUAAACUUAGCAAGGUAAGGCACAACACUACUUUUAGUUAAAGUGGUUAGUUAAAGUAGUUAAAGUGCCGAAACUACUUGGUAAAGCUAAGUGUAGAUUAAUAAAGUUACUAGAUGGACUUCCUGGUCAAUCACAGCACAAUAGAGCAGGCUAGUCAAUGCUCCACUAGGUACUUAAAACUAUUCAGCAAUGCAAUAUUUAUAUUUGUGGAGUGUUACUUUCACCAACAUACAAAUUUAAUGAGUGUGUUGAAUCCAAAUAUUUAAUACAUGGUGAUAUCCUCAGGGACACAAAGGUACUGAUGGGGAGCCAGGGAAGGAUGGAACACCAGGAGAGAAGGUACGUGACAGAGUAGCUAACAACAAUAAUGUUCCUCUGUUUGACAGUCAACCAACAAACUGGCUAAAUCAACCCAUUAACAGCAUAUAAAAGCCUGUAAAGCUGGGACACUGUAUAAAAUGAUAAUAAAAUAAUAAUAUGGUCAUAAAAACAAAUUAACAUGUUGACAUUAUGAUGCAUCUGAGCAAAUCAAUUGACCCAUAGCUGUAUGUGUUGAGAUGUUGAGGCAGGGCAUAUUCACUUGGCUGAUUUAGAAUUAUUGCUGAUUUAAAUUUUAAGUGUUUUUUUAUUGUUUUUUUUGGUUUUAUGAUGUUUCCAGUGGGUGAAAAGUCAGGACUAUGGGCAGGCCAAUUUAGCAAGUAUGCUUUUCUACUCUGCAGCCAUGCUAUUGUAAUAUGUGCAGGAUGUAGUUUGUAUUCAUCAUAUGGCAUGAAAUAUUUAAGAUCUUGCCUGAAAAUAGCAAUAUCUGGAUGGUAAUAUAUGCAGUGGUUUCCACUACAGUGUCAUUUCUGAUUUUAAUGAAGUGCCACCCGAGGGAACAAAGAUACUCCAAUAUUUGCUUCUGGCCUUGUCUCAGUGUUUUGUUGCUUCUGUCCCAACUUUUUUGAAAUAUGUUGUCAGCAUCAUUUUUUUUUUCGUUAAUUAAUUACAUCUUUUAGUUUCAACAUUUAUUUUUAUUUAAUUUAUUGUUGGGGAAUUUGGAGGUUUAAAUCAAAAUCUGUCACACGAACACUUUCUUCAAUUGUUUUGGAAUUGGGGGCUAAAUUAAUGUCAGGAGGAAACCUCAAAUGACUAAGAUUUAAUGUUGCUGUUGCAGCCUCUCCUUUGUGUUUCAUCAGUUUAUACUUGUUUGUUUUUUGUCGUUGUUUUUAAGGGCGAUGCUGGAGAACCAGGAGCUCAGGGGCCUCCAGGUCGCAUGGGAGAUGAUGUAAUGAAACAUAUUUUCUGCUCAUAUUUUGUCAAAACAAGCCAGAGUGCGUUGUGUAUUGACUGAUUUUUUAAUGCUUUUUGCAAUUACAGGGACAAAGAGGGCCUAUUGGUUUUCCAGGGACCCUGGGGGAAAAAGGAGAUAGAGUGAGUAAAACAACAGCUGAAUUAGAUUUCUUCUUUCUUAAAAAAGGGAAAACAAUGAUUCAGAGUUGUGUGGAAUAAUGAAUAUUUGUACCAACAUUUUUAAGGUUUAAGACUUUUUUGUUUGUAGGGUUCUCCUGGUUUCAAUGGCCUUCCUGGUCCCACUGGCCCACCUGGAGCUCCUGUAAGUAGUCUUAGAUUAAUCAUCUUUGUGUUCUCUGUAAAGUAAAGUCCAGUAAUGCAAGAGCAGAACAUUAAAGACAGCUCCUUCAAUAUGUCUCUGACUAUAUCUCUUGUCUCAGGGUGUGGAGGGAAUUCGUGGACGACAGGGUUUGGAGGGACCUAAGGGUGAUGAUGUGAGUUCUAUACUUGAACAUUUUGGUAUUGUUGAAAAAUAUCAUCUGAAAAACUUUCAGUUUGAAAACUUUGGUUUUGAUUAGGGCGCAGUGGGACCUCCAGGAGAGCCAGGCCCCGCAGGGGAGACAGGAGAAGCUGUGAGUGUACUGAUGGGAUUGAACGAACUUCUUAUUCAUACUUUAGUGCACAGAUACUGUAACUGUUGGACAUAUUGUUUCAGGGUGAGCCUGGUAAGGAUGGCUUAGAUGGACUUCCAGGCGUUGAUGGAGAAAAGGUGACUAAUUUUCAACUAUAGAUAUUUUUGUGAUGAGAUGCAUCCGUACAUUUGUUGUAAAGACUGUGGGGUAUUCUAAUUUUACUUUACAUUUAAAUACUGAAUGCUUCAGUUACUAACUUUUUCAGUAAAAUCAUGUGUUGAAACCACUGCAUGGGAACACGAUGCAGCAAAAUGUGUGCCUUACAAUUUCAAGGUUUUUGUGAAAGAAAUGUUCACUUGUUCAAACUACAAAGAGAAUAAAAAGUGAGGAAUCGAAUCAUGGCUUUCUUUCAUGCAUGCACAAAGGCCCACAAGGACACCAGCUAGUGUACAAUAAAUGGUCAACUGUACUAAAUGAAACUUGUCUUUUUAAAAGGGUGAGCCAGGUACUCCUGGAGCUGUCGGUGUCAGAGGGAUUGUUGGUAUUCCUGUAAGUUUGGAUUUGUUUUUUUUACUUUCUUUCAAAUGACAAUUAAUGCUUUUUCUACCUAAUACUUAUUGUCAUUAUUCUGUUAUUUGGGUAGUUAUGGCUUAUAUCCAAAUUAAGUUGAACCAAAGAAAACUAAUGUUGGACAAAAAGCCACAGAGCAAUUCAGAUUGAUGCAAAAGUAAAAUCAAACAACCAGCUGUAACGUAUGCAUGUUACGCUUUAAUUUUCUGUCUUUAUAUGUGAUGUGUUUUUAUUUUCAGGGGCUGCCAGGGAAGCAAGGAGUAGCAGGACCCCCCGGAGCAAAGGUAACUGGAUUAAUCUUCCAUUUAACGGCAUCCCUCAUCAUUUCAUUUCAUCACUGCACUGUUUCACUUGAAAUAAACUUUCUGGCAGUUUGCAGACUGAGCCGACAAACAUAACGAUUAAUAACUUGCAAACCUCUGUUGUGUAUUUAGGGUGACACUGGUGCUGAGGGACCCAUCGGACCAGUCGGACUUCCUGGAAAGACUGUAUGCCCCUCAUAACACUCCUAGAAAACAUUAUGUUUAUACUGCUCAUAAUUUUGAUCACCAUACCUCAAGAAAUGCUGCUAUGCUCAUUCACAUUCAUCUGUCUUUAUGUAGGGAGAGUCUGGAGCAGAUGGUGAAGAUGGGAAACCAGGAGACAAAGGAGCAACUGUGAGUUGGCUUUCACUUUGUUGGGUUGUUACAGGAUUUCUCACAUUGAUAGAUUGUUUGUUUGGAGCAUUGGUUAAUGGUUUUAAUUAUGUAAAGAAUUUUCAGUUAGCUUAGUAUUGCUGGGUCUACAUGUUAACUAUGUACAUGAAUCACAUGCAGGGUGAAACAGGAAAACAAGGACCAGUUGGGCCUGCAGGUCCUCCAGGUAUCCAGGUAAGACAUUUAUUCCUCACGACACAAUCCUACUUCGCUGUCAAAGAUCACAUAAAACUGAAAUAGUUUCAUUCCCAUGGUGUGUGAUGGGAUUAGUUAAUGCUGAUGGGCACUUAGCAUGGAACCCUCUGCCAUCAGUGUGUGGCAUUAACUGUAAAAGCUCUUUGAGUGGUCUCAAGACUGGAAUAGCUACAUAAGUACAGUCCAUUGACCAUACAGAAUAGAGUUUAUGUAUAGUAAAAGUGUAUGAAUAUAAGUUGCUGUGUUUCCAGGGUGACAAGGGAGACAAAGGUGAAACAGGGGCCAAAGGGAUGAAGGGUCACACUGGAUACAAGGGUGAUCAGGUUUGACAAAUCUUAUUUUACAUAUAUGACUUUGAAAAACUUGAAAAAGAUAAGUUUAUAAAUAAGAUUAUUUUCAUUGUGCAUAAUGCUCUCUCAUUUGGUUUCCAGGGGCCUAUGGGACCAGAGGGACCAAAAGGAAGUCAGGUAAGAAUUAUCCUUGAUUGUGUUCUUAUUUCAAAUAACUCAGAUCUAUAAAUUAGAUUUCACUGGAUUCAUACCUACAAGUUCACUGACACUGUCUUACUUCUCCUACCAGGGGGAUCAAGGUGUAGUAGGAGAUAUUGGGGUCAAGGGAGAUCAGGUAUGUGAAGCUGCCUUAUGUUUGGUUGAAAAAAAGAAGUGUUCUGUGUUUGUAUUAUAAAACACAGUGAAUGUUCGAUUCUUUACAGGGCCCUCCUGGUGUUCCUGGAAUCAAAGGAGAGGUAUGAAAAUACUACUCACUGUUCUGCUACCCUCAUUCUGCUUUUCUAUGCUGUCGCCCGAGGCCUGCUUAGGUUGUGGAAUCACUAUAUGCGAUUAAGAUAAGAAAUAUUACAGAAAAGACUCAUUGAGGAGUUCUUAACAGACUGAAUCUGAUACCGAUGCCUCUUUAUGGCAUUUAAAAGCAAAAAGACUAUCAGCAAUAUGAUGAAUAUAUUUUUCUGUUGUAAUUAAUGCUCGAAACAGCUGUAAGAUGAUUGACAGCAGCCUGAAAUACAUAGCAACUACCCAUAAUAAGUGAUAAAUUUUGUCAUUAAAAAUUGACAGGAUAAGUUAAUUGUCUGAAAACACGACUCUCACAUGUACAGGCCAAGAAAGAAAGAGGUAUUACUUUGUCCACAGAGGGCUCAAGACCAAAUCAAACAUGGCUCCCAACAGGAACAGCAACAUUCCCCAUUUAUUUUGAAGGAGCAAUUAAGAUUUAAAAGAAAUAGAUAUAAUUAUGUAGUUACACUUUCUUACGUGAUUUUAUUUCUUCUUAUGUGAAGCGUGGAGAGAAAGGCACAAGAGGAGCUACAGGAGACGAAGGUAGAACAGGCCAGCCGGGUCAUGAGGGUUUGGCUGGUCCUAUGGGGCCUCGAGGGCUUGAUGGCGAACCUGGCCUUCCUGGAUCACCUGGCCCCAGAGGUCUACCUGUAAGUGUCACAAGUAUAAACAUUAUCUUUAUCACCGGCCAUCUAAUGGGCUAAACUCUCAGAUCAGGUCAUUUUAAAGUGUACUUUGAGAUUAUACUCUAGUGGUUGGUUGGUGUAAAACCCAAUCGUGUAAUCAAUACAAGAAAUAAUGUGACGUAGGGGUCUUGUCCCGCCCUGCAUCUGUUGUAAAUAUUAAUGUUGACUUAAUAAUCCACAGGGCCCCAAAGUGAGUGAUGAGAAGCUCCGUGAGAUGUGCUCAGCUGUUGUUGAAGGUGAAGUUUGUUCACUUUGACCCCAUCACUUCCAGAUCUUCACUCAUAUCCUGCAAAUACUCAGACUUAGUUCUGACACUGUCCUGCUUUAUUUUGGUUUGUUUGCAUCUGUCCAGAGCAACUAGCAGAGUUUAUGAAAGAGUUACUGAAGAAGCCUGCAGCCAUCGGUGCUCCUGGUAGUCCUGGACUCGCAGGUCCUGCUGGCCCGCCUGGACCUGCCGGGGCAGCAGGAGCAGCAGGACUUCCAGGACCCGCGGGUCCCAAAGGUCAUCCAGGCUUCUUUGGACUCCCAGGCGCACCAGGGAAGAAGGGUCAGUGAACUUUUUUUCAAACCCUUUUAAUCAUACUUGGUUCUGAACUCCAUCAAACCCAUCCUAAAACGAAAUGUUAUGAAUAUAACUUCUGUUCCCUGAAGGAGAGGAACGAGGUACAACACAUAUAGUAUGGGAUAUCACGCCCCUGCGUGACCUGACUGAAGACACCUUUAUUCACGCCUUUAAGGCAGAUGAUCUGUGGUGACGUCUGGGAGGCUCCGCCUGCACAUAUAUACGUGUAACACCACAGUCAUCCUUCAGUUCGAUAGCCGCUCUUCACCGAGCUCUGCCGCGCAGCGGGGCAACCCAGUGUUGUACCUCGUUCCUCUCCUUCAGGGAACAGAAGUUAUAUUCAUAACAUUUCGUUCCCUUUCAGUCGAUUCACUCGGUACAACACAUAUAGUAUGGGACAUAUAUACACGCCCCGCAGAGCAGCCACCGAACCGAAGUCAAACCUCCAAAACUUUUAGUGCAUUGUAGACCCAGCAGAAAGGACAGCGUGAGCCACCGAAGGUGCUGUCACAUCCAAACGGUAAAACCGAACAAAAGUGUGCGGUGAUGACCAACUGGCUGCAGUGCAGAUAUCACUCACAGAAACCCCUUUAAACAAGGCCCAAGAGGCCGCCAUUCCCCUGGUUGAAUGUGCCUUCACACCUUGGGGCAACGGGAGACCCCUGCUGCCGUAUGCUAAGGAGAUAGCCUCCACAAUCCAGUGGGAAAGCCGCUGCUUAGACAGCGCCUUGCCCUUGGCUGGAUUAGCAAAACAGACAAACAACUGGUCACAUAAACGCACACUCUGAGUGCGGUCUAUGUAAGUGCGUAGUGCACGCACAGGGCACAAGGAAUGCAACCUCCUCUGCUCCUCAGAUGCAAAUGGAGGGGGGCAGAAGCUCAGCAGUUCAAAACUCAUAGAGCUAUAGGCUGUGGGGAUAAUCUUAGGUAAAUACGCCGCGUUUGGACGCAAUGUAGCCUUAGAUCCAUCCGGAGUGAACUGGGUACAAGAGGGAUGCACAGACAAAGCAUGAAGGUCGCCCACUCGCUUUGCAGACGUCAAAGCAAGUAGCAGUGCAGUCUUGUAUGAAAGAAAUUUCAUGUCUGCUGACUCAAUAGGCUCAAAUGGGGGUCCACCAAGAGCCUCAAGCACCAACCCUAAAUCCCAUGAGGGAACACUGGGUUUAAGAACAGGUCUUAGCCUGCGGACUCCCUUUAGGAAGCGCAUAGCAAGAGGGUGAGCGCCUGGCGUCACACCAUCAAAGCCAACAUGGCAUGCAGAUAUAGCCGCCAAAUAGACCUUAAUUGUUGAGAAAGAGAGACCCUUAUCCAGCAGGUCCUGAAGGAAUGUUAAAACAUCCACAAUAGAACUCUGAAAUGGGAGUACAUUUCGGUCCUGACACCACUGCUCAAACGCCCGCCAUUUAUAGGCAUAUAGGCCCCUAGUAGAUGAUGCCCUUGCACUCUGGAUUGUUGCCACCACAUUUGGGGGCAGACCCUGAGCCAUUAAGUUGGACCUUUCAACAGGUAAGCAUGUAGUUUCCACAGUUCUGGGCGCGGGUGAAUCACCUCUCCUCCCGCCUGGGAGAGGAGGUCCCUGCAAAAAGGGAGCUGCCAGGGCCUCGCUACCAGCAGACUGAUUAUCUCUGCGUACCACGACUUCGCCGGCCAGCGAGGAGCCACCAGGAUCAGGGAGAGCCCCUGCUGGCGCACCCUCUCCAGAAUGGGCAGAAUCAUUUCCACUGGGGGAAAAGCAUAUAGCAGCGUGUUGGGCCAUGGGUGAGCUAGCGCAUCCAUCCCCAGGGGAGCAUUGCAGUCUGUUAUGGAAAAGAACAGGGGGCAAUGAGUAUUUGCUCUGGAGGCAAAAAGAUCUACUUCUGCCUUGCCGAAGCGGUCCCAUAUCUGAGCCACCACUAGUGGGUGCAAUCUCCACUCUCUCACAAGAGGACCCCCCCUGGAGAGAAGGUCUGGUCCAAGGUUUAAGUGACCCGGAAUAUGUGUGGCUCUGAGGGACAGAAAAUGAACACUGCACCAUAGCAACAGAUAGUGAGACAGUUUUAACAGGGGAAGAGAGCGUGUCCCUCCCUGCUUGUUUAUGUAAGAAACCACGGUUGUGUUGUCCGUCCUGAUCAGAACAUGAUGGCCUGUCAGAACGGGACGAAAGUGCUUCAGAGCUAAAAGGGUAGCUAGUAGCUCCAGGUAAUUGAUGUGGAGUUUGCAUUGUGCUGGCGUCCACACACCUCUCACUGCUGCGCCCUCGCACAGAGCCCCCCAACCCCUCAGGGAUGCGUCUGUGGACACCACCUUGCGAAAAGACACCCUCCCUAUCGGAGAUCCCUGUUGUAGAAAACCGGGUUCUCUCCACGGGAGAAGAGCCGACAUGCAAGACUGAGUUAUCGUCAGCCUCCUCUGGAGGUGACGCUGCGCGCACAGCCGGUGAGACUGAGUCCAGCGUUGAAACGCUCUCAUUUUUAACAGUCCGAGCGGCACUACAGCGAUCAUAGAUGCCAUCAUGCCUGUCAGCUGUAAAAUCGUCCGGAAACACAGUUUGCGUCCCAACUGAAAUUGUGCAAGGCAGCGGUGAAACGCAGCCACCCUGCGUUCUGACAGACGUGCUCGGCUUGAAACGGAGCAUAUUUCCAGCCCGAGAAAUGAUACCUGUUGACUCGGAGUCAGUGAACUUUUCUGUAAAUUUACUGAAAAGCCCAGUGUUUGGAUGUGCGAUAGGGUCAAUGACAGCUGAGCCGCUGCUCGCUCUCUGGAGCUCGCGAUUAGCACCCAAUCGUCCAGAUAGGCUAAGAUGCGAACACCUUUCUCCCGUAGCGGAGCUAAUGCCGCCUCGACACAUUUGGUGAAUGUUCGGGGGCGAGUGAUAAGCCGAACGGCAGCACCAGGUAUUCGUAGGCUAUGCCCUCGAAUGCAAACCUUAGAAACUGCCUGUGGUCCGGAUGAAUUGCUACGUGAAAGUAAGCAUCUGUCAGAUCGAUAGUUGUAAACCAAUCUCCCGGUCUGAUCGCGCCCAGUAGCUGUCUGAGUGUUAGCAUCUUGAACCUGUAGGUUCGUAGGUAUUUGUUUAACACUCGCAAGUCUAGGAUAGGACGGAGCCCUCCUCCUUUUUUCGGAACAACGAAAUAGCGGCUGUACCAACCUUUGUUCGUUUCCGAAGCGGGAACAACUCGUAUCGCCCUCUUGUUCAACAAGUUGUUUAUUUCUUCCCUCAGCACUGCUGCUGCUUCCUCUGCUACAACUGUGUGUAUUACAGAGUGAAAGCGAGGCGGUCGGACCCUGAACUGUAAGCGGUAGCCGAUGGCAACAGUUCUCUCUACCCACGGCGAGACUGCGCAUGCGCGCCACCGAGAGAGACGAACAGUCAGUCGACUGACCUCCAGUACUGUGGGGGAGGGGUUGUCGCCCCCUAGCGUGCCGGCUGGGAACGGCAACACUUUCUCGCCCAGACUUGAUUGAUUCAUGAUGUUUUGAGAACAAAACGAAACCUUUAUUUGAUUCAAAGAACGUACAUUUGUGACAUUCACACAGUGAACAACAGGCGCCAUUAUUGGGGCAUGUGUAUGUGAGGGGGGUUGUGCUUGGGAGACUGUGUUAAGGGAGUGCAGCGCCUCUCGGGACCGGACCCCUGAACGAACUUUAAACGCGGCCUCUUUGGCGGCAGAAAAUGAAGGGCGGCAGUGUCUCCGUGCUGCUGGCCCUCUCGAGUCGAUCCCGAAGCUAGGAUGACUGCUGCUUCUUCUUCCUGGGCGCCGAGUCCCUCCGGAAGCUCGGUGGCGGACCCUUGUUCCAAGCCGAAGGGCGUGGGUUCUGACCGGGUACAUAUCGCUUCACCGGCUGGGGCCCCAAGCUGGCGGGCGCUGCAGUCCUCUUAGGGGGAGGCGCUGGUGCCGGUUUGUGCGGAUAACCCUGUUGUUUGGGCCUCGCAUCACGCCUGGGAAUGAUGCUUCUCAAAGCUUCGGUUUGUUUUUUCCUCAGCUCAAACUUAGCUUGAAUGUCGUCGAGGGACUGCCCAAACAAACCGCUGGCCGACACAGGCUCGUCCAGAUAAACCGCUCUGUCCCUCUCCGGAACGUCGGAGAGAGUCAGCCACAGGUGCCUCUGCGCCACCACCGUGGAAGCCAUGCCUCUACCGAGAGACAGCGCUGCACAGCGGGACACACGGAGGAUGUAAUCUGUGGCGACCCUAGCUUCAUUGAGGAGAGGAGUAAGCGGACUGUCAGGAGGCAUACGCGAGCCGAGUUCUGCCAGACACAUAGCUUGAUAUGUCUGAAGCAUAGUGACGGAGCUCAGUGCACGAGCCGUAUUUGCCUGUGUCCUGUAAAUUUUAUCCAGCUGUGACGCUGAAAAUCUACAGUGCUUGGAUGGGAGCGUGAUGGGGCCACCGACACCGUGAUUCUGGGCCGGGGCCAGAUAAGCUGCCAGGGACGCCUCCAUAGGCGGAGGGUUCACCAAUCCAGCUUUUUCAGCUCCAUCUAGAUCCAGAAACUGUCCACAACCGGGCACUGUGGCGCGGGUGGACAGCGGCUUGUUCCAUGUCGAGGUUAGUUCCGCGACAAAAUCCGGGUACAUGGGCAAACUGUUCUUAACAGUCGUCGGUUCGGGUGGGAGAAAAAACCCUGUGAACCGCGACGGUUUUUGAGCUGGAGGAGGAGAGGGCCAUUCUACCUCCAGUUUCUCAGCUGCACGGCGGUACAGUGAGAGGAAGGAUGUGUCGUCCAGAUCAACCGGCGCAGCAGCGGCGGCAUACUGACCUGAAGACAACGGCUCCAGCUCAUCUUCCGAAAAACCCUGCACGUCCAGGCCGAUGUCCAGCACGUCAUCGUCCUCCUGGUAACAAGCUAGCCCGGAUAGCGGCUGGCCAGCGCCCUCGGAGGGGCCCGGCUCAAACCCAGCUGACCCGUCAGCACACUCCACAUGGUCUGCCCAGCUUCCAACUGAGCCUUCGACCAGAAAGUCCUCACCACCGGACUCGGACGAAGCCGGGUCUCUGGACUCGGAAAGGAGGGGGUCGUGCAGCGCAACAGCGGUUUUUCCAAGAAUUUUCUCCACAAACUUGACCCGCCUUCCCAGGGUUGAGCUCCGAAGCCGGUGACAGGACUCACACGACUCGGGCUCAGUCAACGCCCUCCUGGCGUGGACAAUCCCCAGGCAAACGGGACAAGCCUCGUGAAGAUCCUUCUCGUGAAGGGAGAAGCCGCACCCCUGAGGACAGGGGCGAACAGAAGACUUCGCCUUCACCUUCAUGGGCUUAGAGCUCAUAACGAGACUCAAAAGCUGAACGAAAUUAGCGCUCCGCGGGUAGCCGUAGGCUAACACCAACAGGGGCAGUUGAGCUAAAGUCGAUCAAGCAGUAGCCAGAGACAAGACCAGGCUAAUUUAGCAGCAGCUAGUUAGCCCGACUCGGUGUAGGUGUUCUCAGCGAGGUGAAGAGCGUAAGAACUGAAGGAUGACUGUGGUGUUACACGUAUAUAUGUGCAGGCGGAGCCUCCCAGACGUCACCACAGAUCAUCUGCCUUAAAGGCGUGAAUAAAGGUGUCUUCAGUCAGGUCACGCAGGGGCGUGAUAUCCCAUACUAUAUGUGUUGUACCGAGUGAAUCGACUGAAAGGGAACUACAGAAACUGCAGACUCCAGCAGACUUUAAAAGGAUCCCAAGAACCACAAACAAGAUAAGAUUUGCUGCUGCAGCAACAGCUUUUUAGCUUUUCCUUUGUUUUCUCGGAGAUCAUUCACAAUUCAAACAGUAAGAUUAGUGGCAGAGAAAUUAAAUCAAGCUUUCGAGAAACAAGGCAGCAGGCAGUAUUCCUUUGACCACAGCACGCUGACAGAAGUUAUGCAGAGCCCUCUACAGAUGGAGGAGAUUCACUCAUGCAUUACAUUAUACAAUGAAUGACUCACCAAGCAAGGAUGAAUCAGAUCAGACUCAUUAAGUUUCCUCAUUGCAUCUUUAUAACUGAGAACACGGCAUGCCUCUCCAUUUCAUCUAAAUAUCAACCUGUGUGUCCUUUGUGUGCUUCUCUGUCCUGCAGGUGAUGCUGGUGAAAAAGGAGACAAGGGAGACAAAGGAGAGGAUGGGGUAGGAAUCAAAGGAAGCCCAGGUGAACCAGGUGCACCAGGUAAGUGCUGUGGCCAUGAGAGUUCUUAUUCAGUAUCUAGGCAAAUAAAAUCAGAUUUUACUACUUUUUAUGAAGACUUUGAAUUCUUUCUCAUUUUUAAAAUACAAAAAAUAUGCACAGUCACUCUUGACAAUAGCCAGUGAGUUCUUGGACUGCAUUGCAUAUUUGCUGUUGGCCCCUUUCCUCUCACUUGUAGACUGUUUGCCCAAAGAGAGCCAGAAGCAGCUGAAACAUUAGUGGAUGAUAAAUCUUACAAUGUAAACUAGAGGUGAAUCCAUCCAACUUUUAAAGUCCCAAUACGGAUACCAGCACCGAUACCUGGGCUUUGGUUUCACCCAUCAUCAACACUGAACAAACUAAUGACAGAAUUAAAUCAACAACCUGCAUCUCAAAGAUAUCCAGAAUAAAUGUCCUGUAAUAAACUCAAAUUCAAACCUGAACUCUUCAGUGUGAGGCUGGGACUGGGAAAGUAUGUUUUUGCAACACCAGGCUUUUUUAACUUUGUAAACCAAAAUGAAUAUAUAUCCCACCAAACAAUGGACGUUGGAGAGACGUGCAGAUCACGUCAGUAUUGGGUCUGUCCAAGACCACAUCUAGACGUCAGAGCGACGUGCAAAAUAGGUUCGAGAUUUUGACGUCUAAAUUGGACCUUUAUUAGACUUCAUAAUGACAUACAGCAUUUGGACAUCAUCUAAAGACCAAAUCUAGAUGUCAGCGUGACGUGCAAAAUAGAUCCAAGCUUUAGACGUCAUUAUUGGAUCUCGUUUAGACGUUGAACAGAUGUUCACAUUUUUACCUUAUCUGGAUGUCUCCGUCAAGGACCAAAUCUAAACAUUGAAGCAACAUGCAAAACAGAUCCAAGAUUAGACGUCAUUAUUGGUGUCUAAACCAGGCAGUACAUUAAAACUAACUUAGUCAUUAUUUUUACAAAAGAAAUUGAAAAUUGCAUUUACUGCUUGCUUUGGUAAGUAAAUCUCUUACAAUUAAAGGGUACUACAGAUCAACUAUAAAACCCUCAAUGCAGCUGUGGAUUAGUCAGGAAGAGCGUGAAGAAAACGAGUGCAAUUAUAGCAACUAAUUUUCAAACAGAUAACUAAAAUUUUCACAUCGUCUUCUCUUGGUACUUUAAAUUUUGACCAUAAAGUUUAUGGAUCAAGAUUAACAUGCAGAAUUCAAGACCAUUCAUGGGGAUAGUUUUUUCUUUCAUUUUUGAAGUUUUGUGCAUCUCACCCUCAGGUGCCCCAGGUGCUCCGGGCAUUGGUAAAGAUGGCAAAAAUGGAGAACGUGGUGAGACAGGAAGUCCAGGUUCCCCAGGAGCAGCUGGUCUAAGGGGACCCAUAGGGCCACCUGGGCUUUGUGACCCAUCAACCUGUAUUAACAGGCUUCCACCUCUCUAUAUGGUCAGUGGAAAGAAGUCUGCUAGCUACCAUAAACCAUGAGACAUCCCAGGUCUUUGAAACAGUCCAGAGUUCAUCCUGAAGAGGCCACUGUUAAGGGCUCUUUCUUAAGAGUCCAGGCGUGGUGAUCUUGGAAGUCUUCAAAUGUCUCCAUCUGAACCACAAGUCUAAGAAGCGAAAAGGGAAACAGAGACCAUGCACAACUGUAGAAUACUGUAUAGACAUUUUAUCUUGUAUUUGAUUAUAGUGAAAACUUAUCUAAUGUUCAGAGAUAGCUGCUACUGAUGCCAAAGAAAUUUCUCUCCAGCUAACGGCAGGCAUACACGCCCGUGAGAUGACCCAAACAAACCUAUGCAGUUACAACUGCUGUGCCCUUUUCUAUCAGUAACAACACAUAUUAGUAAACUGUAUAACAUUUCUAAUUUACUUACAUGCAUGAACUUUCCCUCUACCUGAAUAAGCUCCUGAAAACAUUGCUUCUUUUUCAGAGGAGCAGUGAUGAGGAACAAAAUUUGAGACUGAAAAUAAAUAUGAAUAGAAAUCUUGUUUCAAGAACAAAACAGUAAUCACUUUGACAGCUUUGAAAUUCACCAAGAGUGCAGACCUGACACCUUCAACAGUUAGCUCUUCCAUGUAGGAUCAUCAUUUUUUUUUGCUUGUUUUUGUCCUAAUAAUGUUCUUUAAAAAUGUAAUAAAGUGAUAUGUUUUGGAAGUGUGGC